CAUAAACACUUCCCAGCGAAAAAACACCUUUUGUUGUUAUUGUAUUAUUCUCUGUGACCAACUACGAUGAUUGUCAUUGCAGUCAGUGUCAUACAUACUGUCAUCUAUUUCAUUCAUUACAGAGUAUCCUUGAUUUCAUUCUACAGACAGUGAUCAAAGCAUUUUUGUUUACGUACCAAAAUUAAAUUGAAUUAUUUUGUUACCAGAAUUGAUAGAAACCUGAUCGAAAUUUAAGCCAAAAUGCUGGCCUCUAUCAAGAAGGAGUAUAUACCAUUCGAGUGUCGCAUAUGUUUGUGGAAACUUGAAGGUGUGAAGACUCAUGGUCUUUUUGAUCCUUGGGAUCCUCCGUGGACCGGCAUGGAGAGCGCCAUUGUUGAAGAUCUAACUAAGCUAACUAAUAUUAAAGUUUCUAUGAAAGACGCCUUUCCCAAACAGAUAUGUGGAAUGUGUUAUCACAGGCUGAAAAAUGCAUGCAGCUUUGUAAAGUUAGCCCUAAACAAUAAUGAGGUGUUGAGACAAAGACAACUAUAUCCACACAUGGAAAUCCCUACGUCUAGUGAGUUUGUGUGGCCUAAACCUAUACAACUGGAUAAGAAUGUUGCUGUAUUUGAGAAUGCAAUGGAUAUAGAGAUUAAGGAAGAACUUCUCUCUGAAGAGGAUCAAGUUGAUGCAUUAGUGAAUAAUGAAUAUAUUAAUAAGUUGGAUUUGAUAAAAAUUGAGCCCGAAGAAAUGACAUCACAAAAUCCCAGCAACACCAAUGAAGCGGCAAGUACAAGUAAGGAGAGUCAAAGUCUGCCUAAUGGUGAACAUAAAAAACCAUUUGCCAGCCCCGCAGUGAAAGAAGAGCCACUGAGUGACGAUGACGCUGACCGGCUCUCACUGGACUGUAUGCUGUGCGCCAAGGCCUUCAACUGUCUAUCUGGACUCAAGGCGCACGUGAUCGCGCAUCACUCGUACCACUCGGUGAAGCGGCGAUCGAAGUCCGGCAAGUCUCCCGCAAAGAAGCCACGGAGGGACACUUUCGUCUGCGCCACUUGUAGACGAAGAUUCUUCACACGAACCGAUCUGAUGGUGCACGAGAGCUCCCACGGCGACCUGUCGUGCUACACGUGCGGGCACCACUUCCAGACGUUCCCCCAGCUGAUGCGGCACCGGGCGCGCUGCGAGCCGCCCUGCCCCAAGCCUGUCAGGACACUGGAGAAUGCUAUCAGUUUCAGACCAGUGAGAGAAGCACCGCCCCCUCUGCCGCCGCCGCCGCCGCCGCCGCGGCCCGAGUCGCCCGAAGACGAAGUUGGUGAUUUGUUAUUGUAUUGGCUAAGGCGUGAUAGAGAAGCACAAGAAGCUGAGUUGCGGCUGGUGGCGGCUUACAGGCAUCAUGAAGCACGGGCCGCAGCAGCCGCAGCCGGGCGGCGAGUUGAGCCGCUCGUUGUACUGGCAGAUCCGCCCGUUGAACUGGCCCAACCGCCCGUUGAGCUGGCCCAACCGCCCGUUGAGCUGGCCCAACCGCCCGUUGAGCUGGCCCAACCGCCCGCUGAGCUGGCAGAACCGCCCGAUGAGCUAGCAGAACCGCCCGCUGAUCUGGUAGAACCGCCCGCUGAGCUGGCAGAACCGCCCGCUGAGCUGGCAGAACCGCCCGUUGAACUGGCAGUUGAACCGCCCGCUGACCUGUCAGUUGACCCGCCUGCUGAGCAGCCCGCCGAGCUGGUAGAGCCGCCCGCUGAUCUGGCAUGCCCCCUGUGCACGGAGCGGUUCACCGACGCAUACAUCCUGAAGAUACACACGGAGAUACACCACACAGAAUGCGGCGAAGCCAGCGGCGAACCCGCCCGCGUCGUCAACGGAGAAAACGAAACAAAAGAUGAUCAAGAGAAAGGCCAAGGAGAAUUUGAAAAUGCGUGCAGUUCAGCAGAGAAUAUGGAAUGGGAAAAGUCAGCUGUGACUAAUGGUGAAAUAAUUGGAGAAUCGGCUGAAAAUGUCGGCAAUUUUGCAGAAGCUUUGGAUGCGUCGUCGGGUGAUGUAGACAUGCCUGACGUUCCUGUAAUGUCAGAAGAACCAGCUUUGUCAGAACAGCUUGCAAAGCCGGUAAUCUCUGUUUUGUCUGAAGAGCCUACAUUGCCUGAAGAGCCUGUUAUGUAUGAAGUGCCUACUUUGCAUGAAGAGCCUGUUAUGUCUGAAGAGCCUACAUUGCAUGAGAAUUCAGCCUUGUCUGAAACGACACACGCUAUUGUUGAAGAGCCUACUUCGCCUGAAAAGCCGGUUUUGUCUGAUGAUCCGGCUUCGCCUGAAGAACCGCAAGUGACCGGCAGGGUAACAGCCGUGGAAGCUGAUAAUAUUGAGGCUAUUUUCGGAGUAGUGAACGCCGAAUCGAAGUCGGAAGUGGAUUUGUCAUCAGUGAAUUGAGUAGUAUGAAGAGUUGAUCAAAGUGAAGGAAUAGUCAUUGAGUAAAUAAGAAUAUAGUAUGUAUGGAAUAUUUACUCGUAUCCAGUUAUUUAAUUAAUGUUGUGUAUUAUUUUACAGUAAUGUAAGUGAAAAUGAACGUGUACCUAUGUGUAUAGCCACUUUAUGAAUUUUGUCAGCAUUAGAUUUUGAAAACUGUACGUAGAUUUAAUUCAUUCACACACAACUAAACUAAAUAUUUUUGUGCUCCAUAAACUAAUAAGGUUUAUACCUAGCUUUGAUAUUUCGAAUCCAUCAAAAUUUACGCAAAAAAAUCACUAAACUUUACAUCUAAAGUUACGCAUAAACUGUAAAUAAUUUUCGAUAAUUUUUAAGGACUUCGUUGUAAUUUUACGGAUUAUGUAAUGUAUGUGGAUAGCCAAUGAAAUAAUUUAAAUUUCGCCACUCUUUCA